CUUCGCACCGUUCCGGUAGCCGCAAUGAAUCAGCUUAAAUACAUUUUGUGAUUUAAAGUGCAACAAUUUAAAAAUCUAUUUUUAUUCUAACUACAAACUAAUAAGUAAACCUUCUUGUGUCAGUGAUAAAUACAAUAAAAACUAUCUUUUUACCUGGCUGGCAUAAGAAACCGAAAUCAUUUUCCACCCUUUUUGGAGUCUCGGUGGAGCUGUCGUGCCAUCUCUCUCCCACACGGCUUGGUAAUCGAUAAGCUUAACAGCGGGGCUGUCCACUCGUUGGUCACUGUUAAGCUCCUGGCAGCGAGUUGUUUCGAGAGUGGAAUUGGAAACACUGACCGAUGAGGCGACACAUUCGGCGCCCUGGAAAGAAAAUUCAUAAAUGAAAGCUUCUAAUUGCCGGAGAAUGACAAACGCGACAAGAAAUCAGCGAGAGCGAACAAAAGCAGAGCCUUCGUUUUAGGCAGCCCAAAAAAAAACAAAAAAAUCAGCAGCGAAAGCCGCGAAAAUUGAGCCGCCGCAACGUAGGAGAUGCUGUUGAUGCCCACAUCCUGUGGGCCGGGGCCACCCCCCGACCAUGGCCCCCCAUCCUCCCACACCCAUGCCCACUGCCAUGCCCCCCGCCGAGCAGAAGAUGAUGGAGAGCCGGUCCAACGGUCAGGGAUCCUGGCCUCGAGGCCCAGUUCAGGGUCGAGCAUUCCCCGGUGGCUGCUAAUGCUGUUGAUGCUCUUCGCCAUCCUGGCCCAGACACCAAGGGGCCAGGUGGCCGCCGAGAAGAGUAAACACUACUACAUGCAAUCCCUGUGCAAGAACCACUUCCUCCAACAGCUGUACCGUAAGAUCGAUGGCGCCGUGCUCUGGUCACAGAACGAACGCAAUCUGGACUGCAUCAUCACCUUCCAGACGCACUCGGUGCUGCAGCGCUUCAUGCUGCGCUUCGACAUGCUGCAGCUCGACUGCAACGAUCACCUGCUGGUCUACGAUGGAGCCCAUGCCGUUUCCACGCCCAAGAUUGACAUCUCCUGUCGCAACACAAAGAACACCGUCAACGCGCUCCUGACGCGCACGAACUUUGUGACUCUAAAGUACGUGACCGAUGGCUGGGGAACGGAUGCGAAUGGCUUCAAGUUGGUGAUUACGUCGGUGAAGGAUCCCAAGCAUACCUGCAAGGACUUUACCUGCGCCACCCGCGAGUUUUGCAUCCAUCCCGAUCUGCUGUGCGAUGGGGUCAAUCACUGCGGCGACAACUCGGAUGAAUCAGUGCAGAAUCUGUGUCAGAGUGAGGCUAGUAGCACCGUCUUUGGCAUGGACAUGACCUGGUUCGUCUUGAUAGUCGUGGGUGUUCUGCUGGUGCUCAGUGCCAUGAUCGUGGCCAUAGCCAUUUGCGUAUGCCGGCGUCAGGACGAGAAUGCCGCCAACCAGAACACAGCACUCCAAUUGCAUCACAAUGCCGACACGAAUGGUUCGUCAAAACAUCUGCACUACCAUGGCAUCAGUGUCGGCGGAACGCUGACGCGGGAGCACACCCAGCUGCCGACGUCGGGAAACUGGCAUCACCCUGCGGGACCAUCCGGGUACCACCGCACUCCACACAGCUACUUGAAGAUGGCCACCAAAGUCCGUCCCAUUUGGUGCUUGGCAAAUUCCGUCAAUUAGGUCAAGAUCUAUCGCAUAACUCCGCCGGGCUCAGUCAGACGAAUAUAGCCGGAGCUGGCGCCGCGGGCGCUGCGCAAAAGGACGAAUGGUUCGUCUAGGAUUGCGUCUAGGAGGAGCAUAGCGGAAUAACCGAUUGACUUGAGCACAAUAAUCUGUACUUUAUUAAGUAAAUUUAUGGAUAUUUGCAGAGCAUUAAAUGAAGACUGUACGACUAUAUUUAACAACAAUUAGUGUGGACAUCACCGCGCAGGGUGUAUUAUACAGAGAUCUCUCCUCGUACCCAAGCAGAGACUCGAACGCAUUGGGCAGGACUUGCCGGUCCUGUCGGAUAACCAAUGCAGCUGUACAUAGUCUAUAAAUAAAUAUAACAAUUAUAAUUUAACUGAUUGACAUUGCACGCUGGCUAAACAAGAUCCUUAAACUGAACCUGAUCCAGAAUCCCAAUACCUAUCAUAAGUUGGUGCAAGUACAUACGUUGGCAUUUAUUUAGAGUAAUUAUUUACGUUUAGAAGGCAGAGUAACAAGUAUUGAUCUUCGAUUUUAAAGUCAGUUUGCAUUGCCUUGCGGUUUGCGUUCGAUAUGUGCACAGUUGAAAGUAAAAUUAUAGAUAUUGUAUAACGAAUCCGGAGAUAGUCGCAGAUUCUGAAAGGAACAAUCGUAAGCAUUUAAAAGAAUUGUGAACAGAAACAGAAAAAACCGUAAGAAGUAUUAAAGCUCAACUUGAAUAACCAAACACUGUCAUUAAUAUACAACUUCCGACUCUAAUCAAUUUGAGAUAAAACUGGUCGUUUUUACCAAAAAAACUAAGCUGAAUUCUAAUCACAAAAUGGACACAAGAAGAUCAACAAAACAAGGGAUGUACAUAAGUAGUCGACAAUAUACUCACUUACUUACUUACAAAAACAAGGAAACGGAAACCGAAUGUCAUUAAGCGUAAACGGAAACGGAAACUUCAAACGUAACUUCACCGCCACUUCCCAUUGUCCACAAGGAGACUCCGACAUAAGCAAACAUUUCACCGAAAGGAGACUCAUUCCGAAGAAACCGAAGAACCGAAACCGAAACAAUUGCUAAGCGGAAAUAUUCUGAGACAUUAAGGACAAUACAGUGAAAACUUUUGCUUUUGAUACAACCAAAUUGAGACGGUGCCGGUGGUUUAUGGUGCAUUUUAACCUACAGAAGUGUCCGGAAUACGAAUACGAAUACAAUUUUCUACAAUCAACAAACCGAAAUGGAAUUCUACACAAAAUUAAACGUAAAAAAACCGAGUUAAAAAUUGAAACAUUUUGCUACAAAAUCGAAUGAUAACGAUCAUAUACAUAUUAUAUUGAGGAGGAGUCACUUGAGAAAACCAAACUAAAAUGCUUCAAAAUGAUUGUAGUACUUCCCGCCGUUAAUAUUUUUUUAAAUAUAUCGUACAUACUACAAGAAUACAGAUAAUACUUAAACUAAGAAGCAAUAAGUAAGAACUUUUUCCGCUGCUAUAAACAAAAUAAUUGUCUUUCAAAAUACUUCCAAUAGGCCCGGGCCCGGUUAGCUGAUUUUUCUCGAUUUUAAUUUACUUUCCCCGUUUGCUAAGCCAGAAUAUUAAAUGAAACAAAAAUUAAAGGCAAAAUUAAACUUUAAUCAGAGUGUUAGGAGGCAUGUGUUCAGCCCGAUCAGUGCGUUUAAGUCAAAUUAAAUUAAAUUAAAUUAAAUUAGUUUUGUACUUAGCUGUAAAGUGAAAAACUUAACUAACUAAACUUCUAGGCAUAAUUUCCGCUGAAAGUCUCUCUCUCUCUUCUUUGUAACCCACUUUCCCUCCUUCUUUCUUUCGAGUGUAAAACUACAUACAUACAUGCGUCUUAUACUAUAUAUAUAUCAUAAAUUAUAGGAAAAUGGUAUUAUGAUGUAUUAUGAUAAAUUGAAUUUUUAACCGAAACUUAUAAGCAAAUUGUAUUAGGCGUCAAAUUUUAGAAGCGAAUGGCGAGGAGGAGCAUACGUUAUGGGUAUGAGCUGAGGCCCCGCAUUCACACCAUACCAACAAAUUAAUCUUAAUUACUUAAAACAAAAACGACGAUAAUAAUUGAAACUAAAUAACAAACUGAAUAACCACAACGCUAGUUUAUGCAAUACAGGAAAUAUGGAAUACUGAAAAAUUAUGCGUCAAGUAAACAAGUAAAAGAAAACGUUUACGCAAGAUUGUAUUGUAAUAUCUAAUCGUAAUUGUACUCGUAAUCGCAUGCCUACUCCCCAGCACUGGUGAAAAUCGGUUAGAUCAUGUCGUACGUACGUAUAUGAGUGUAGUUAAAAUAUACAUACAUAUUUACCUAAAUACAAAUCAAUCGAAAAGGGGGGCUAACGGAGGAUGAAUCAGGAAUAAAAUCCUGCUAGAUCGAUCGAUCUAUAUCCUCUAGACAUCCCCGAGAUGUUUUGUAAAAGCUAAUUAGCAAGUGUGGAUGGUGAUGGUGGGAAGAGCUUUUCGUUUCUCCCAGUGUAAGUGUUACAAUGUGUUACCAUUAAUUUUUUUUACCUUCAACACACUCUCCGCCGCAAUUAGUCGAACUCUACUUAGUAUAUGUACUAUAUCUAUGGUACUUACAUGUCUGUACGUACUUAAAUAAAAGAAACAAAAAGAGAAAGCGAAAUGGUAACCUCCUGCUUUGCCCACUUAAUCCAUAGCCAGGACUCAAUUAGAUAUAUCAAGGCUCUUGAGUUCAGUAGAAUGUAAAUUGAGAGCUCAUAAUUUUAUGUGGAUGGAAUGGAUUACUAUGGGUUGAAAGGUAGUUAAGUAUAGAGAUCGACUAGGUAUACAUCCGAAAAGGAGAGAGCCGUAGAGCAAAUGUUAUGCAAAAUUGGGCAAUAGAAUCCGAUAAUCCUCUAGGGAAUAUUAAUAAUCCACAACCCGAAGGCAAAGAGGUCCACAAUUUUUAGAGUUUAUCACUUUGGUUAAAUAAAGAAAAGUAAGAGUAAUGAGAUUUUACCAAUACCAAAAUACCAGCAAACACCACAAUAACUAACCCGAAACGAAUGAAUGAUUAAGAGCCUAGGAAGGAGAUGCGUAUGAAAUGCUUAGCUUUGUGUUAAAUUGCUGUUGAAUAUAAAUGUACUUGUACAAUGAUAAUAAUUACGAUGGCAUUAGACACAACAAAACACACACACACAGUCAGAACAACAACAAAACAGAACACUCACCAAAAGAUCAGACAAUGCAAGAACAGAACCCAAAUCCAAAUGAAACU